GCCUCCUUCGGAGCGCGAGGCCUGCCGGGAGGGGGCAGGCAGCCGGCGGGCCGGGUCCAAUGGGUGCAGGCUCCCGAGGAGAGGGCGGAGGGGAAGAGGAAGGAGGCCGACGCUGGGCCCCGUCCCCAUUCAUUGCCGCGGCCGGCCGGGCGGGGGUCCGGCCUUUCCCGAGCCAUGGAGGCCCUGAUUCCUGUCAUCAACAAGCUCCAGGAUGUCUUCAACACGGUGGGCGCCGACAUCAUCCAGCUGCCUCAGAUCGUCGUGGUGGGGACGCAGAGCAGUGGAAAGAGCUCAGUGCUGGAGAGCCUGGUCGGGAGGGACCUGCUUCCCAGAGGUACUGGCAUCGUCACCCGGAGGCCCCUCAUCCUGCAGCUCGUCCACGUCUCUCCGGAAGACAAACGGAAAACAUCAGGAGAAGAAAACGACCCUGCUGCAUGGAAAAACUCCAGACACCUUUCCAAAGGCGUAGAAGCAGAAGAAUGGGGUAAAUUCCUUCACACCAAAAAUAAGCUUUAUACAGAUUUUGAUGAAAUUCGACAAGAAAUUGAAAAUGAAACAGAGAGAAUUUCAGGAAAUAAUAAGGGAGUAAGCCCUGAACCAAUUCAUCUUAAGAUUUUUUCACCCAAUGUUGUCAACUUGACACUUGUGGAUUUGCCAGGAAUGACCAAGGUGCCUGUAGGUGAUCAACCCAAGGACAUUGAGCUUCAAAUCCGAGAGCUCAUUCUUCGUUUCAUCAGCAACCCAAAUUCCAUUAUCCUUGCCGUCACUGCUGCUAAUACAGAUAUGGCAACUUCAGAGGCCCUCAAAAUUUCAAGAGAGGUAGAUCCAGAUGGUCGCAGAACCCUCGCUGUGAUCACGAAGCUCGACCUCAUGGAUGCGGGCACUGAUGCCAUGGAUGUGUUGAUGGGAAGGGUUAUUCCAGUCAAACUUGGGAUAAUUGGAGUAGUUAACAGGAGCCAGCUAGACAUUAACAAUAAGAAGAGUGUAACUGAUUCAAUCCGUGAUGAAUAUGCUUUUCUUCAAAAGAAAUACCCAUCUCUGGCCAAUAGAAAUGGGACAAAGUAUCUUGCUAGAACUCUGAACAGGUUACUGAUGCAUCACAUCAGAGAUUGCUUACCGGAGCUGAAAACAAGAAUAAAUGUUCUGGCUGCUCAGUACCAGUCUCUUCUGAACAGUUAUGGUGAGCCUGUCGAUGACAAAAGCGCUACUUUACUACAGCUUAUUACCAAAUUUGCCACAGAAUAUUGUAACACGAUUGAAGGAACAGCAAAAUAUAUUGAAACUUCAGAGCUAUGUGGAGGUGCUAGGAUUUGUUAUAUUUUCCAUGAGACUUUUGGGCGAACCUUAGAAUCUGUUGACCCACUGGGUGGCCUUAACACUAUUGACAUUCUGACUGCCAUCAGAAAUGCUACUGGUCCCCGUCCUGCUUUGUUUGUGCCUGAAGUUUCCUUUGAGUUACUGGUCAAGCGGCAGAUCAAACGUCUAGAAGAGCCCAGCCUGCGCUGCGUGGAGCUGGUGCACGAGGAGAUGCAGAGGAUCAUCCAGCACUGCAGCAACUACAGCACACAGGAAUUGUUACGGUUCCCUAAACUUCACGAUGCCAUAGUUGAAGUAGUGACUUGCCUUCUGCGGAAAAGGCUGCCUGUCACAAAUGAAAUGGUCCAUAACUUAGUGGCGAUUGAGUUGGCUUACAUCAACACAAAACACCCAGACUUUGCUGAUGCUUGUGGGCUAAUGAACAAUAAUAUAGAGGAACAAAGGAGAAAUAGACUAGCAAGAGAAUUACCUUCAGCUGUAUCACGAGACAAGUCUUCUAAAGUUCCCAGUGCUUUGGCACCUGCCUCCCAGGAGCCCUCGCCUGCUGCUUCUGCUGAGGCCGAUGGCAAGUUAAUUCAGGACAGCAGAAGAGAAACUAAAAAUGUGACAGCUGGAGCUGGUGGAGUUGGAGACAGUGCCCAAGAACCAACAACAGGCAGCUGGAGGGGGAUGCUGAAAACCUCCAAAGCUGAAGAACUGUUAGCUGAAGAAAAAUCCAAACCGAUUCCCAUCCUGCCGGCCAGCCCCCAGAAGGGCCACGCCGUGAACCUGCUGGACGUGCCAGUUCCUGUUGCACGAAAACUUUCUGCGCGUGAGCAGCGAGACUGUGAGGUUAUUGAACGACUCAUCAAAUCCUAUUUUCUUAUUGUCAGAAAGAAUAUUCAAGACAGUGUGCCAAAGGCAGUAAUGCAUUUUUUAGUUAACCAUGUGAAAGACACUCUUCAGAGUGAGCUAGUGGGACAACUGUACAAAUCCUCCUUACUGGAUGACCUGCUGACGGAGUCGGAGGACAUGGCGCAGCGCAGGAAAGAAGCCGCCGACAUGCUCAAGGCUUUACAGGGAGCCAGUCAAAUUAUUGCUGAAAUCCGAGAGACUCAUCUUUGGUGAAGAGGACUCAGAAUACUGAGACUGUUGAUGAGCCCUGCUGGUUGCUGCCUCCUGGAGUAGUUUAUUUAUGGACUGUGUGUUUGCAGUGGUACGAAUCUGCUCAUUGUGAAGACUGGCUAUAAAUGGAAACAUAUACCAUGUAUGCAGAACAAAUCACACAUUUAACCCAUAAAAUAAAUGGCUGUUUCUACAUUUUCCAGUAUAUAUAAAAUA